GCUGACUGUCACUGUUCCUUUCUGGGUUACUGUAGUUUUGAGCUCAACAGACCAUCAUCCUCUCCGUUUUAAGAGCCGGACUCUUUUUUCUACUCGUUUGCCUUGUCUGUGAGCAUCGCCCGAACCGCAGCCACGAUGACGGAGGCGGAGGCGUUGGAGAAGAAGCAGCACAGGUCCAGCAACGGGAACGCUACUCCAGAGGCCACCAGAGAAGACGCGUUUGAUCACACGUACAAAGAGAAAGAGGGCCCCAAACCUCCCAUGAUCAUCGUAUGGAGAAAUGUCAUAUUGAUGACUCUGUUGCAUUUAAGUGCCGUGUACAGCGUUUUCCUCAUCCCUUCAGCAUCUCAUUUGACCUUGCUUUGGGCCGUAUUUUGUUUUUUGGUAAGUGCUUUAGGAGUUACUGCAGGAGCACAUCGCCUGUGGAGUCACAGAUCCUACAAGGCGUCAUUACCACUAAGGAUCUUUCUUGGCAUUGCUAACUCCAUGGCAUUUCAGAAUGAUAUCUUUGAAUGGGCUCGAGACCACAGGGUUCAUCACAAAUAUUCAGAGACAGACGCAGACCCUCACAACGCCGUCCGAGGCUUCUUCUUUGCUCACAUUGGCUGGCUGCUGGUGCGCAAGCACCCUGACGUCAUUGAGAAGGGACGCAAGCUGGAGCUCAGUGACCUGCUGGCUGAUAGAGUCGUAAUGUUUCAAAGGAGGUAUUACAAACCGUCGGUGCUGCUCAUGUGCUUCUUCAUCCCCACGUUUGUGCCUUGGUACCUGUGGGGGGAGUCUUUGUGGGUGGCGUACUUCAUCCCGGCUCUGCUGAGGUACGCCUUGGUGCUGAAUGCAUCCUGGCUGGUCAACAGCGCGGCUCACAUGUGGGGAAACAGGCCGUAUGACAAGAACAUCAACCCCAGGGAGAACAAGUUUGUCACGUUCAGCGCUAUAGGUGAGGGGUUUCACAACUACCACCACACAUUUCCCUACGACUAUGCAACCAGCGAGUUUGGCUGCAAGUUGAACCUUACCACUUGUUUCAUCGACUUCAUGUGCUUCUUGGGCCUGGCCAAGGACCGCAAGAGAGUGUCCCACGAGCUUGUACUGGCCCGAAUACAGCGCACUGGAGACGGGAGCCACCGGAGUGGCUAAGAUUGUUGAGUUGUGGUCAGCUUCGAGGCUAAAUGACCGAAAAGAAGAAGCUUCACAGUCUUUGACAGCUAUACAUUUCUCAUCCUCUGAGGAUGAAAGUCAGCUUCAUGAGAGCCUUGACCACAUUUUGCUUGUUUUUGUAGCUGUAACUAAACAAAUUGUUCAAGAUGGGUAAAAAAAAAAGUUUGUUAGGCCAAGGUCUUGCAAAGAUGUUUUAGAUUUAAAGUAGAUAUAUUUUAAAAGUCAAUUUCAUUCUCUGCUGUUUUGCCACCUUUGUGUGCAUUUCUUCAUGCAAGAUCAGACAUAUAGCCGAUCAUUUUUAUGUAAGUAUUACUCAAUUAUUAAUCAAAAUAGACAAGAAGCGGAGCACUGAGAUAUGGAGUAGCAAUGUUUUAACUGAUAAGGUAUGAUACUGAUUGGAGACUGUUGCCUUUAUUGCAGUUUACAGCAAGUUUUUACAGUUCGGAGGUUAGUGAAGUUUUUGAGCGCUUGGAUCUGUUAAAAAAAAAAAAAAAAGGAUGAGAGUUUGAGUCACAUUUGUUUUGUUUAAAAAAAAUGUUUCUGGCUUUAAUUAAAUA